AUCCCUCUCUCUUCCUCUCUGUAAAGAAUCAAUAAAAUAUAUUUUUUUAAAAAGAGGGAACAGCCAGUGCAAAGGCCCUGAGGCAGAUGGUGACUGGCUGGUUCUCAGGAACAGCAAAGAGGCUGGUGUGUCAAAAAGCAGAGUGAGCAAGAGGCUGGUGCGUGAAGGGCCUUUUCGGUCAUCGAGGAGUGUGUGUGACUUUUGUCCUGAAUAAAUCUGGGAGAGUUUUCAGCAGAGGGAGGCAAGAUGUGCUGCCGCUGUUGCCUGGAAGGAGAAAGUCCCAAAGACUGGGAGAGUGGUUCCGGUGGCCCGGAUGGUGGCCUGGGCCACGUGGUGGCGGUUGUGAUGGAGAAGAGGCGCAAGUCUAGGGGCCAAGCUGAUCUUCAGACGAAGGAGCAGUUGGGGAGACAGGUGUGGCUCUGGCCCAGGACCAUGCUGACCAUCUUCUCUCUCACUGCAGACCCAGGGCGGGCCAUGCAGGCCCUCCUCCUCACUGGGCUGGGCCUCUAUUUUUGGGCUGACAACUUUGGCCCAGCUGGCCUCCAGGGAGCCCGUGUGCUGCUGACAGGAGCCAGUGUGCUGCUGACAGGAGCCAGUGCUGGCGUUGGGGAGGAACUGGCAUGUCACUCUGCCUGCCUGGGCUCCCCCCUGGUGCUCACUGCCCGCCUGGAGGCUUUCCCGCAGAAGGUGGUAGGGGACUGCCGGACACUGGGCGCUGGCGUUCCCAAGGUCGUCUUCGUCGCUGCGGACGUGGCCUCCCCGAGGUGCCCCCAGCGCGUGGUGCGGUUUGCGCUGGACAAGGUGGGUGGGGGGCGGCCCAGAGUCUGGGACCUCGGCCAGGGGUCUUCAAACUAUGGCCCGCGGGCCACAUGCGGCCGGCAGAGGAGUCUGAUCCGGCCCGCCAGGUUUUUUGGGCAGUGAGCGCAGCCGAGGUGU